AUGUCCCACGCAGGCACUCUCCACCCCCGCCCCGGCGCUCGCGACGAUGACCGCGAACUCAAACUCCUCCACUUCAUCUACAACCAACCCAACCUGGACGACAUCCAAGGCCACCCGCAAAAAGUGCUCGACCUCAUCGACGACUUCGACAAAGAAUACCACUUCAUGAAUGUCGGCGCGGCAAAGGGGAAAGUCGUCCUCGAUCUCAUCGCCGAAGUCAAACCUGCCACCAUGAUCGAACUAGGUGGGUAUGUGGGCUAUUCGGCCAUCUUGUUCGGUGAUGCUGUCCGUCGCGCGGGAGGGAAGCAGUAUCUCUCUCUCGAGCUGGAUCCGGAGUAUGCGGCUAUUGCGAAUAUGUUGAUUGAGUUGGCGGGUUUGCGUGAUUUUGUGAGGAUUCUAGUCGGUCGGAGUGAUGUUUCACUGCAUAAGUUGUAUACGACGGGGCAGGUGAAGCAUGUUGAGCUGAUGUUUAUCGACCACUAUAAACCCGCCUACACGACUGAUGUCAAGUUAUGCGAGCACCUCCGCAUGAUCUCGCCUGGUUCAGUACUCGCAGCUGAUAAUGUGAUCAAGCCCGGUAACCCCCCGUAUCUGGAAUACAUUCGCAGCACGGUCGAGCAGAAGCGUGAGGCGGCUAAGAAGGGCUCCACGGGGUAUAAAUUUGAGGGGAUCCCCGAGCGGACGAUUCAGUCUUUUGUGGGACAGGAUGAUAAGCCUCGUUUUGAUGUUGUUGGCAACCCGAAUCUGGUUUAUCAGAGUGUGCUCAGUCAGCCUGAGGGGUGUUUGGAUGCUGUUGAAGUGAGUCGCUGUGUGAGGGAGGAAACUGAGUAG